UGGGGCUGACUUGCGCGCCUCCGAGCCGUCGGGAUACACGGCAGCAGCGGCACCGUUGUUGUAUACUGUCGCGCUACGCGUGCUACGGUCGUGUCGUCGCACCAUCAUCGUCGUCGCCGUCGUCGCCGUUGCCGUCGACGAAUCGUCGCCGUGCAGGAGCGCCCUGGGUGCACCUUCGUCGUCGGCUACGCAGUCGACCGGUCUACUUGGUGCUCGCGGUCUCGCCGGCUUCCCUCUUACUCCCUCGUGCGGAGGAGGGUGCGAUUGUCUCGGAGGGUUGAUCGCUCGCCGCGCUGAGAGGGGCGCGUUCUCGCGUGCGUUUACCGGAGCGUCGUUGAGCGGCGGCGUUCGCCACGUUUUACCGCCACCCCCGCCAAGUGCCGCCGUUUGCAGUGCCGCCGAUUCCUCGUGACGAUAGAACGUUGGCACGCUUCCAAGCUGGCGAAGCGGAGAUGUACUGGCUGCCACGGUGCUACCACGUUGCUAUCGCUGUUGUUGCCCGCCGUCGGUCUUGAGGAUACGAUCGCGCGUCGCUGUCGUUCACUCGGGGGGGUGAAAUCACGUCAGCGCGUGGUUGAGAGAUUUCGCGCGAACUGAGUGAGCCGCGCGCAUGGUCGAGCGGAAGUUACUUGGAAAUAUAGGUGUCUCGUAAAACGUGACGCGCACGUACCGGUAGCUACUGCGCUAGUUGAAUGAUACCUGUGCAGCACAGCGAGCGGUGUCGCGUACAUACGGUGCAAUACGUAGCGAUGACUGCUUAGUGAUUUGCUUGGAGCGAAUCAUUUUGGAGCAACGAAUUUCGGAGUUUUCUCAUUUUCUCUUAUCUUUCACGUAUCUCAUGUACGAAGUGGAUAUAGUGUGAACGACAUUGUGUGAACGAUCAAGUGCUGUCGAUCGAUCUCGACCGAUCGAAGGGGAUAGUAGUGUGUUUCGCGCGCCACGAAGGGAGACAAAGUGGAGUAAAGGAACAGCGGCGUCGUUAGAUGCGAGGAUUUUAAAAGCAGCUCCCGGAGGCCAGCCCGACGCAAUGCGUCGACGCUGCUGACGCAACGCGCCUGGAUGCGUCUCACUUUAAGCACGUUACCACAGCUUGCCGUUUUAGCGAAGAUUUUGUGCCUCCUGAUGGUGGUGAUGUGCGGGGCGGUGCCGGCGAUGGUGCGCUCCGUGAGUCUCUACUCGACUUGCAGCAGCGGCAAUGUUACCGUAAUAGGCCGCUCGAUCAAAGCCAUGGGACGCGACGAUCACAAUGCACCCUACCAGAAACUCACCACACAAUCGGAAGAUUUCAGUAGGAAGCUGUACAUCUUUGCGGAGAAGAGCCAACGAUACAUUUGCUUCAAUAAGCGGUGGAAACUCGUCGGCCUGCCGAAAAAACAGAAGGGACCGAUGUGCCAGUUUUACGAGGUGUACAACGGCUCCUAUCUGAGGUACAGGAGCGCCGUCGACUUAUCGCGGUUUGUCGGCUUCAACAAGUUCGGCAAGCCGAUGAAGAAUCCCCACGGCAGGCAGGAGUGCUUCAACUUCAUCAAGUACAAUCCCCAUGCCGACAUAAACCACCACAACAGCCUGGUGAACGCGGAGAUGGACGGUAUGGAGCCGCGGCAGCCGUACGUCGUCUCGAGGAAACCGUCGCCGAUGAUGAGGGCCGCGAAGACGGCGAAGAACUCCCUGUUGCAGGCCGACAGUGCGAGGGAGCAGCACGUCCACACGUCCACGCAUCGCCAUCGGCACUCGAAUCGCUGGAAGAUGCGGCCGGACGGGGCGGACUCGGGACCCCGGAGACGGAACGAGAGCCGCCACCUCGUCGAGGCCAGCAAGUAUUGAGCCGCGUGCGAGCUCGCCGAUCAAGACUGCCUCCUCCGUACCCCGUGAGAACCUGAGAUCAGAACUGCCAAAAUACGCUGGUGGAUCGCACGGUCGGGAUGUCAGGAGCCCGCUUAACGGCGCCUCGUGUGUCUCGCGACUCGAAGCACCACGUAUUCGUUCGAUCGGUCGGCGAAUCAAGAGCGCGGGCGCGGCUCGCUCCGAGCACAUACACACACACACGCCUUAAGCUGCGCCCGUUUAGUUUCCGUUUCCGCCCGCGCCGGAGCGAAGCAGAACACGCUCCCCGCGCGGCGGGGACGGGUGUCUCGUCGUCGAGAUUAGCGUCCAAGAUCGGCGGUGGACUGCCCGCCGACACGAAGCUAUAUCUCAAUUUCACGCGGUUAAGUUCGAUUUACACUUGCCCCGACUGAUCCCUUCAGGCAAGUAUGUACCUCGUAACGUAUAUAAGAGCGUUUUCUUUCUAAUCGUUGAUUCCUCGUGGAUUUAAUUCGCGCGCCACGAAUCGCUCGUUAUGUCUCUGUCUCUUUUUUUUUACUCACUCUUUCUCUCUAUCUAUCUCGUUUCUUUUCUUAGUCUCGUGACGAAGCGUGGCCAAUUAGUAGAAAAUAUCUUUCUCUCGAUGCCGCGCGUCGCGAUAAACGCGCGAUAUCGCGCCGGCUAUGUAAAUUCAUUCAAACCGUUGUCGCCCGGUCGAUCGUUUGGCGACGCGAACGAAAGGAAUUCACAAUCGCGUAGAAAUCGUAGCGCAACCGAACGGCUGCUGUGCUUCGAGCGCGGUCACCGGCCCGCGAUGGUAGCGCGAAGAGACGCGCGGACGGCGCACGCCGAUUGACAUGUGUUUCCCAAUUUCCUCGACAAGAAACAAUUCGUCAUUUGGAUAUAUCACGAAACACAGAAUUAUUAAUAUCAUUUCGAGAUAUUAAUUCGCUUAGACAAUGUUUAUAUAAAAAAUUUGACCAAGGUGCACAAUUAGAUUUCAGAAAAAAAAAAGUUUCUCGCUUGUUCUUUAACUAUGAAAUUUUAAUCUCAAUGCAAUACCGUAUCGUAGCAGACUAAACUUGCGCGCAAUAAAUUGGCGGAUUCGCUCUCGAACAAGCGGCUGAUGUAAUCACAAUUCAUCCAUUCGGCUCAAUCAAUUUUCGGUGACGUGUAUUAUCGAAUCGUAAUGUAUAUUGGUAGCGUGCAUGAGAAUCACGAUCGUCAAUGUAUCGCGAUCGGAAUUCGUUCCUCGGCGAAUAGAAGCGGGAACGCUGAUCCUCGGCGCUGGUCCAGCGAGGAAAUAUUUGUCACGUCGCGGACGCUCGUACGUCGCCACUCUUAUACGCUCGCCUGCGCAGUUAGAGCUCACGCCGCGCAAGACUCUCUCGCUCGCUGUGCUAAUUACGCCGCCUAACGUAGCGUGCGUGCGUGCGUGCCUGCCCCGCGUGUAUGAAUAAUGUGUGCGUGCCUGCCUGCCUGCCUGCCUGCGUGCGUACGUGCGUGCUCGCGAUGUACACGCAGGCCUUGCCCGCCGCCGACGCACAAACUCGCGGCGCGAUCGAUUACGAACGUGCCGCGAGUCCGACAACCGGCCGACAGUCCUUCGGGUUUUUCCUUUGAUAAUUCAAUUCUCAGAUCAGAUCGUAUUCGGAAUCGAUAUAUUCGGUACCUUUCGAUACCAUUUGAAAUUAAAUACGAUGUCGUUGUGUGGCUUUGAAAUAGGAGGAACAAAAUGUUUCAGAUGCGGGACAUUUGAAGGUUUGAUAUAAACAAGGCUGGAAGUGCCAUAUAUUUAAAAAAAAUUACUUUUGUAUUUAUAGAAGAGCUCUCUCUCUCUCUCUCUCUCUCUUUCUAUGCUAACGGAUACAGCAAAAAGCUGUACAUGUAAUUUUUGAGAGGAUUCUUACGAGACUCCAGACGGAGAUAAAGAGUAUUUUUUCUAUACUUUUUCAAAUGAAUAAAAUGUAGUUUUUCAUUUUUGUACUCUUUCCAAGUGCUCGUCUGUGUUCCUCUAUUUCUCAAAUACAAAAUGACAUCGAUCAAUAUACAAGUUGCCCGGUAAUAUUUUCUAACAUUCACGCGAUUUCGGGAAAUUUAUCCCGAAGGGAACACCUCUUCUUUCAUUUGCAUUUCGAAUGACGGCGAUCGGUUAGAACUGCGUGUCUGCGUACGCGAGGGUAUAUUGUACCCUCGCGUGCAUUCUGCGUGCAUAUACGUAUUUCGCCUCCGGAGCGCGUGUGAGUGCGUGUAAUAUAAUUGCAUUAUCGUUAAUGAACUUAAUCCCUAGAACGCUAUCGCAGACUGUAUUAUUAGGCUAGGUACAUGAAUAUAUGACGCGGUGGCGACUCGACGAAGGGGACCAGGGGGCGCCGAGUUCUUCUUUGGCGAGAAGAACGUCUUGUGCAAUCUUAUUUUUCGCAUCUAUUUUUCCCCCGAGGAUCGACCUCUCGACCGAGCGCCGACCUCUCGCGCCCGUUUUAACUUUUCACAAGGCACAAGGAAGGCACCCCGGAGAGGUUCAUUUUUCGUAGACUCGCCACGUAAGGAGCGCCUGCCCCUUUUCCCCCUCCCCCUCUUCCCUCCUUUCCAAAAAAAGAAGAAAGAAAUCGCUCCCUAGGUAGCUUAUUUAUUGAAAUCAAGUUUAGGUACUACGAAAGCCGAAAUGCCCGAGAAACCCUUCGUUCCCCUUGUACGUAUAUAUAUGUAUAUGAAGAUAUGCGCUGCUCUCUUUUCAUCGUUUUCACUAUUCACUGUCACCCUUCUCUCCCAUUCCCGUCCUCUCUCUAUCAGUCACAUUACUUAAUUAUCAUUUCGCACAACGUCAUGUCACAACAUGUCACUGCGGGUCGUUCGAUGUCACUAAUUAUUAAUUCAUCGGCUUUUAGCUUAUUUAUAUUUUCCUCCAGAAAAGACAUUUAAAACGCGUUACAAAUUCUCCAGAAAGAGAUAGUGAUUGAUAGUUAUAUUUAGCAUUCCUUCACAUUGCGGAUAAGGAAUAAUAUUUAAAUCAUACGCAUUUCUAAGAUCCUAAUUAUUUAAUAAAUUAAAACUUACUUAAAAACACUUUUUUUUUACUCCGCGUCCCUUUACCUCAUUUAAAUUAUUAAAAUUCACUGUUACUUUUUGCACAAAGUCUGAAAAUACUCAAUACCUGAUUAAUUUAAUUGCAUACGAGUGGCAGUGCAUAAGAAAGCUUAUUCCUACGGAUGAUGUUUGUAUGUGUGUUAAAAAAUGUAGGGAGCAAUAAUGCACGUAGUAACGCCACGUUUCGUGCGACGAAUCAAAAAUUUAGUUUUGCAACGCGUUGAAUAGUUUUUUUUAAAUGGCAUUUUUUGUAUAUAUAAUCUAAGAAAAAUCUAAGAAAAUCCCUUCUUGCCUUUUUUUACCGCGAACCGUUUUUAAUUAUAUGAAAGUUUGACUUUUCUUUCGGUGAUUCGUUAUCGGCACGUGGCGAGUGCAAGCUAAGCACGAUAAGAUGUCGCGUGUAAACAGAAAUUAAACGCCAGCAGAUGACCAUGAGGAAGGCAUAAAAUCCGACGCUUAUAAUUUAAUAACAGAUAACUAAUCUAACGUGUAUAUGUAUUGUAUUGUAAUAUGAGUAUUGUAACUCCGCCUCUAAAAAUUAACCAACUCGUUUUGUAUGUGUAAGCAUAGCGUCACGUAGCGAGAAUCACCGCGGCGUUCACGGCGAUGCGGAGAAAAAUGACAGAAUAAUUUUUAUGGAGUAUGCGAGUCUCUCCUCGAAAGCGAGAUGUGUCACUGACCCUGUCGUUCUACAUAUAUAUGUGUAAAAAGAAAAAGGAAGAAGAAAAGCGCAUGCGAUUCCCGACCAGCGUCACUCUCUCGCGACCUCAUCGAGUUACUCGCAAUCGAGCCACCUCGAGGAGUUUACUUUACUCGGGAUCGAAGAAAAUUUCGUCGAUCGUUCGUUAUCGUUUUGUAUAUUUUUAUAUUGGCGAAAAGUUUCUUUCGGUAUUCAAGCUCUGUUAGCGUCACACGUGACAUCGCGGUCGUCUUAUCGGUCGCCGCGUCGUGACUCGAUUGCGAGCAGACCAUCACCGCCCGUCCCAGCCUUACACCUCCUCCCGCCCUCCCUCUCCUUUUUUUUACUUUCUCACCAUCGACGAAUCAGAAAUUAAACGGCAGAACGAAAAACGAGAACACAAGAGAUGAAUCUGACUACCCUCCCCCUCUCCCCUCUCCUAUAGAUAGAUAGUAUACAUACUAAAUAAAAAAAAGAAAGAUAAAAUAUAAAUAUUAUAUAUAUAAAUAAAAAUAUAUGAAAGAUGUGUAUUGUAAGAUAUUUAAUACCGACUUGUCUUAGGCACACCCGAUGACGAUCGAUAACAAUGAAACGAUGAUAAUAAUUAUUACGAUGAUUGUUGUAUAACGAACGACGACGAUGAUGAUAUUCUACACUGUAAUUCGCGUUGUAAUAUAGAGGCCCACCCGUUACCCACUAAAUCGAUGUGUCGAUGUACCCCCGGUCGUGCUGUGCUCGUGUAUGCGCAUCUCGGAAGGGAUGACCGAGAGGGAGUGAUCGGACUCUUUUGCAGGUGUGUCGCGCUUUGGACGACGGCCAAUCAGCCGAACUGAGAUUUUUCUACGAGAAGGACCGGGAGCCACUUUCGUAACUGGCCGACGUUCAACGACCGUCGCACUCGGGACCCACGUGGGGGUGGGGGGGAAGGGGAGAGAAAAUUAGAUCGGUUUCGAUCGCGCCUUCGCGCGCUGCGCGGCGUUAAUCAUCCUGGCUGUAACGCAAAAGCUACACACAUACACACCUACACGUUUACACAUAUACACACAUACACAUAUACACAUAUAUACACAUAUACACAUACACUCGCCCUGUUUACGAUGUGCAGCAGCCUAUUACCGAACGAGCAUGGCACGUCCGGCAGCAACUAGCAAUAAUAUAACAUUCCAACUUAAAUCGCAUAUGUACUGCGAAUUCUAAUAAUGUGUGCCGCCAUACGAGAAAGAAAAAAAAACACUGUCAAAUACACGCUCAUACACACUGCUA